UCUAUCUGUCAUUGUCCCUCAACCUCUAGCACUCCAUCUAACGCUCAAGCCCUCAGUCACUUAACUCGCUGUCUCAGCUACCGCCACGCUCGCUGCCGCUCAACCUCAGCGCCGUGAUCGCAGUUGCAUCUGAUUCCUUUUCCACUCGCCGUUCUCAGCUCCGGUCUUGUGUUCGCGUUCGAAGACCAUUCUCACGCUGUUCUUUACUUCUUCGAAAAUCCCCAAUUUCCAAAGUUCCCUCCCUUCUCAGAUGAGAAGCUUAAUGAACAGUGUGGUGUGGUGGCUCCUUAAUUUUCAAGAAUUAAAGUUUAAGGUCUAUUGACUUGGAGUGUAACUAUUUCCAAAGAUGAUUUUACUUUCUUGUAAAAAAAUAUUAUUUGUUUCCUUUUAAUUGAUGCCAGCUUGUAUCAUCGCACUUUACCGUAUGUAAAAUUUACUAUAUGUAUAAAUGAUUUUUCAGAUUUCUCACAAUGUGUGUGAGAAUGCUGAAAAUUUGUAAUUUUUUUUAAUUUCAAUGUAGCAACCAUUGUAGCCUAUUAGUGAGUCCGUAUAAGAUAACGGUGCUUUAACUGCUUUAUACCAUUGAUGAUCUUGCUGCGCAUAAUAUUAUUGGCCUCAGGACUGAGGAGCAUAAUCAUCCAUAGCAAUAGCAUUAUGUUUAAUCUCUGUGUCCAGCUUAGACGUAUUUCUUUUGAGCAAGUCUUAUUCUUGAGGCAGGCAAUUGAGUUUUGAAAACAGGGGAAGGAGUUCCAGAGAACUGAUGGUAAUAGAGAAGCCUGUCUUAAUUCUUCAAGCAGCUAAGCUGCUAGUUUGAUAGUUUUUGUACUUCUUGGUGAAACAGCUGUCUCCCUUCGGCCAAAGCCCAUCUGGAUCCAAAUCUGAGAAGCCCUUCCCUUGCCAUUUGUGGCGGCCAAUGCAUCUCCCAGAAACCCUAAAAUGGUCAGCACUGCCCUCACCAGACGAUGAAGCACACAUGGAAACUCUCCAACGCAGCCCAAGCAGAGUUGUUCUGCUUCCACAGAACCUCUGCAAAACCAAAACCCCUUAUCCCCUUUCCUAUCUUCCUCCUAAGCUCUGCAAAUUACGUAUGCACCACCCAAGUCAAUACCUACACUCAAUCCUCCGAACAUUCCAUGCUCCGUGAGAUCGUUGGUUUAUUCUCCUACAAUCCCUAUUUCCAUAAUUGGAUAGCCAGAGAGGAUUUCAAAAGGGAAGUUAUGAACUUGGCAUGUAAAUUGGUUCGGGUAGCCGAUGACCCUAGUGUAGUUCUUAAUGUUUUGGAGAAGAAUUCUCAGUUUUUGUUUUGGAGGUGUCCUGAUGGGACAGCCCUUGUUGAUCUUUUGGAUGUGAUGGAAUCAUGGUCUCACUUGUCUCUAAUGGUAUAUUUGAAUUUCAACAGAUGCAGUUGAUCUGAUUUCAUGUCUAAUUUGAUGGGUAGAAUUAGUGUGUCCCACUUUUACUUCGUCUAUAUCUCUUGAAAGUGUGGACACACACUUGGAGUAUUGUAUAACAUUUGUAUGAGAAAUACGUGUUUUCACUUGCAAAUUCGUGAAUGAAUGCUCUUCAGCAUAUUUGGACACUCGAGAAGAGAAACUAUAAGUUCUGAGUGGUACGUGACCAUGAUAUGAGGCCUUGUUCGGUUCUUGUUACAUGUUUUCAGUUCUGUCCACUAGUACUAUUUAGAUCCGCAAAAUUGACUUGGAUAUUAGGCGAGAUAUUAAGGUUUUUUAAGUGUGGCAGGACAUUUCAAGUUGGUGAUAGGUGACAACUGACAACAACCGUAUAGUGGUGUUAUUUUAAACCUAAUUCAAAUAAAAAUUUAAAAUUCUUCUGCUGACUUUUUCUUCUGUUUAUCCGUCUUAACGUUCAGGUUUUAUAUUGGACCAUAAAAGUUUCUUGGCACUCCCAUGGCUCCUUCCGAGUACUCUAAGGGUAUCAAAGUUGCAGGUAGAUCUAGAAAUAUUGAUCUUACAGUUGACCUGUUUAAUGAAGCUGCAAACAAGCAAAUAAAAACAACAGGUAUUUAUAAUUCGCUGAUGGCUGCUCAGAUGUUAAAUGGUCUUCCUGGGAAAUGCCGGUCAUUAUUUGUGCGGAUGAAGAUGGUUGAAACUUGUAGCCCUAACGUAAUAACCUACAAUAUUCUUAUUUCUGUUUUUGGCCGCUUGAUGCUCAUAGAUCGUAUGGAAGCAAUAUUUGAGGAGCUACAUAAUUCAGGCCUCUCCCCGAAUAUAAGCACUUAUAAUUAUUUGAUUGCUGGGUAUGUUACAGCCUGGAGGUGGGAUAGAAUGGGAAAAACUUUUCAAGUGCUAAAGUCAAACCCUUUUAUACGACACUCAUACCUGCUGAUGAUACGUGGGCAUGCUAAUUCAGGUAAUCUGAAGAAGAUGGAAGAGACAUAUCAGUUAGUGAGGGAUUAUGUCAAUGAGAAUGAAAUUCCUUUGAUCAGGUGCAUGAUGUGUGCAUAUAGUAAAAGUUCCGAGCCUGAUAGAGUGAAGAAGAUACAGGAAUUACUGGUGUUGAUUCUGGAAAAGGAGUACAGGGCAUGGCUAAAUGUGUUGUUAAUUAGGCUUUAUGCACAAGAGCACUCCUUAGAGGAACUGGAGAUCAAUGAUGCAUUUGAGCACAAAGUCUUAGUAAGAACAAGUGGUAUAAUGAGAUGCAUCACUGCGACUUAUUUUAGGAAAAACUUAGUGGACAGGUUAGAAAAUUUUUUGAGGCGUGCUGAAUGUUCCAACUGGAAAAUUUGCCUCUCCUUAUACCGUUGUAAGAUGGUCAUGUAUGGAUCACAAAAGCGCUUUGAGGAAAUUGGAAGUGUCCUGAAUGAGAUGGUAGGUGUCAACUUGAGUUUGACAAAGAAAACAUUGUGGAUUUUGUAUAAAGCUUAUGUAAGUUGUGAUCAAUGGUCCAAGGUUGGGAAAAUAUUGGGACUCAUGUGCAAGCAUGGAUUUGAUUUUCCAGUGAGUGCAGUCCCAUGGUAAAAAACAUUUUUUGGAGCAUUAUUGGCGACCCACAGAUAGAUGAAUUAAUUGUGUAAUGAAUAUCUUUACAUUGGUCUGCUGAAUGCAUCUGUGCUGCUGGACAUCAAUACGCAACCCCCUGCAGUAUGUUUCGUGAUGGGAAUACAUUUAAUGGAUAUUCGUGCCAAUGCUUGAGCAAAGCUCUUCAUUGCUUCUAAUGUACAACCAUCUCUGUGGCAUGGGGGUCUUAAACAGUUUAUAUGUAUGCCUCUUUUCUCGAAGUGUGUCACUUACGAGCUUUUAUGAAGGAGCUGCGUUUUUACUUAAACCCCAAUUUUUUUUAAUGCUCUGGUGCAUAAUGCUGUGGAGAUCGGACGGCUUUGUUUUCUGCCUUGGAAGAAAUCUUGUCCCCCGUCUAGUUGUACUUUUUUCAUUUAAAAAAAAAAAACUAAUUGGUAAACUGAAUGUGUUUGCCCAUUACUCCCCCUUCUCCAAAACAAAACCAAAAAAAAAAAUGCUGGUUUGACUUGCAGGCAUCAAUUAUUGUGGAGUUGCUGUAUAGGUGCAGUCUUUGGCAGAUGAAGGGUGUUGCCUCCAGAAUCCUAAAUCGGAUCCCCAUUCCACCUAGGCUGAUAUCGCUUGUCUGCCAAUAAUUCAAUGUUCAUAAUCAUGGAAUCCUGUAAAAACUACAAUUGGAUGAAAUAGUGCAGAUGUUGCUUCGGUUCAGAGACUAUGAAAAGCUUCAAGUUGUGGAACUUUUCAAGAGCAUGGAUGAUGUUUAAUAGGUCAACUACAUUUGGAACGACCAUGAUUUGGAGUAGGGAUCAACCAUAAUGAUACUAAGUAGCAUUGUGGCAUCUUUGUAAUAGUGCCUGGAUGAGAGUUGAUCGUUGGUGAAUCAAAGCUAGAAAGCAUAUUAAGCUGCAGUCCAGCUUUAGAGCUGAUAUCGCUAACUUUUCAUCAGUGUGUCUGGCCAAACACACACAAGCAUGCGUGAAUGGCAAGAGUUUGAGUUGUCUGGGGUCGUAUAAUUGCCCUUCGUUCAGUAUGGGCUCGGGACCCUUUUAAUCUCCAUUUCAUUAUGAAACAAGUUAAUUCUUUCUAAUUUGAGAUGGCAUUGCUAUACUAUUGGCAGUUUAAUCUUUCAA